AUGCAAUCCCUUCAUGGUCGAAAAUGCUCUUCUUUUGGUCGUCAUUUCAUUCAAUUGUUGACGAUGCUUAAGAGUAGACUAUUAGGACGUGUUGCAGAGCGUUCGAAACGCUUCGUCGUGAACCUGCUCACGACAACCUCAGCGCACGGUGUUCGUCACGUGGUCCAUGGAGGUCUUCACGUGUUAGAGCGCAUCAUCUGGAUUUCGUGUAUCUCGAUCGGCGUGUACGGUAUGGUAGCACUGUCCCAGCGUAUCUGGAACCGAUUCCAAACGUCGCCUACCGUUAUUUCGAUGGAUCGCAACAUGUACUUGUGGAAUACGAGCUUUCCUAGUCUAACCGUCUGUUCACACCGGCGCAUUGACGAUGACAAGCUGGCUGACUACAUCCGGAUGCGUGGUUUUGACGAGGACGACGCUGAACAGUUUCGCGAAUUUAUCGUGUUGCUGGCAAACGUUUCGUACCGCACGUUUCUCGACUUGCCCAUGUACAAGACGUUCGGCAUCGCGGGCUACGAGUACAUGGAGCUGUUGCACAAUCUCUCGUGGAGUUUUCAACCGCAGGUCAAUAGUGGCACUGCCCGGGUACUAACCGUUCAACCGACGGUCACUGAGCUAGGUUUGUGUCUGACGGUAAAUUCUCGAAUCGCCACAUACGGCUCGUACGAGUACUGGUUGGCUCGUCGUUGGGAUCGCGUACACGAGCCAGCACCCUUGGUAGUGCAUCCGCUGGACGGUGAGGUGUACGGGCAGCUGAUCAAGCUCGAAAGUUCGUACGAGGUGUUUUUCCACGGAUCAAUGGAGGUUCCCGAAAUUUCCAAACGGCAGUACUCGUUCCAGGAGUCGUUCUACACCACGGUCGAGCUUUUGGCGCUGGAGAUUUUCACCUCACGCAAUGCCCGCGAGUUAUCCGUUUCCCAGCGCCAAUGUCGCUUUACCCACGAGGGCGAUGUCCUUAUGUUUAGUCCUGUGUACAGCUAUAACCUGUGCCGCAUCGAGUGUCGGAUGAGAUUUGCGUUCAAACUGUGCGGUUGUGUACCGCACUUUUAUCGACCCGUUGGGAAGCACAACUUCCGCUACCGCAUCUGUGACUUUGAGGGGUUGCGAUGUCUUGGACAACGUUCGGAAGAGAUGAUUACACUUCGUUCUAAGAGGAGCACGAUCGAAUGCAACUGUGUGCCAAAUUGUGAUGAUUCAAAUUUCUUCGUUCAAGCAUAUCGAUCCAGAGAAUGGUUCUUAGGUGCAAACCUGCAAUGGGGGUUAACCGAUUAUCCGAAGAUGCAGCUAAACAGGGACAUCAUUUUUGGAUUGUCUGAUGUGUUUGUGUACAUUGGUGGUUUGGGUGGUUUCUUUCUUGGCUGCAGUUUGAUAACAUUUGCAGAGUUUGUGUUUUUCCUCACAUGGCGUUUGGUUAAAUAA